UAUAUUAUCAAACAGGAGAAGCUUUCAGAGAGAGAGAGAGAGAGAGAGAGAGAGAGAGAUGGAGGGAGAGAACACAAACGAUCUGUACAGGGAGUGUUUGAGGAACCAUGCAGCCAGCCUCGGGAGCUACGCCACCGACGGGUGCGGCGAGUUCACGCUCGACGAAGAGGCCUCGCCAGGCGGCCUACAAUGCGCGGCAUGCGGCUGCCACCGCAACUUCCACCGCAAGGUGACGUAUAUAGCCACCCAUCACCACCAUGCCAGAGGGGUGAGCUGCAGCAGCCGCGGCCGGGACCCCGAGGCCACCGCCGACCUCAUGGACUACAGCGGCGGCGGAGGCGGCGGCGGCGGGGCGCGGCAGGUGAUGGUGGUGGAGUCGGGUGACCAGGGGGAGAGGAGCUUCAGCAAGAAGCGUUUCAGGACAAAGUUCACGCCGGAUCAGAAGGAGAAGAUGCUGGCGUUUGCGGAGAAGCUGGGUUGGAAGCUACAGAGGAAGGAUCUAGAGGAUGAGAUUGAGAGGUUCUGUAGAGGACUUGGGGUGAGCCGGCAGGUCUUCAAAGUGUGGAUGCACAACCACAAGAACUCCUCCUCCUCUUCCUCUGCUUCUACAGGGUUUGUGCUGGCCACACACAUCUCACAGCAAGUACUCCACCAUCCAGUACUGCAUGUAUAUGCUUUUGGUUCCAAAUUUUGUUUUGUUGAAUCUAAUCUAGCUAGUAUAUAUUGUAUUAUGUUAUUUAAAAUUAAAAACAUAUAUGCUAGCUAUUAGAUCUGUGAAAUCUGAUCGGAUCUUCUCCGGCACGGCUACUGCACUGCUAUAUUAUUUUGAAACUAUUGGA